UUCGGCCGAGCGGCUGCCCGGGCUGCCGGCAGACAGGCCGCAGUCGCUGGCGUCAUGAGGAGUCCUCCGUGGCUCCCACUGCUGCUGCUGCUGGCCUGCGCGGCCGUCGGCCUCGCCAAGAAGCGACAGGGGGCCAACGGCGAGAAUUACGAAUAUGACGAGUACAACGAGUAUUACGAAGAAUACGACGAAAACGGACAACCUGCACCAGCUGGAAAUGCGGGAGCUUCUCCAUCAGCCCCUGGAAGAGCUCCUCCUGCGCAACCUGCCACACCACCCCAAAGGCCUCCUCAACCCCCGCGGCCGACAGCCCGACCGGCAGUUGUGACCACCCCUACGUCCACGACGACGUCGACCACUACUACAACCACCACGACUCAGCGGACGCCCGAAGCAGAUACGGAGCCUGGUAUCACACCGGAGCCGCCUGGGUGCAUAUUUGAGGGACAGGCACACAAAGACGGAGACACGUGGCAGCCGGACAAAUGUACCACGUGCAUGUGCGAGGAGGGCAGUGUCGAAUGUAGUCAGCGGGAAGGAUGCUCAAAAGACAAUGACUGUGAAGGGAUUGUUUGUCCUGAAAUCGACUGUCCGGGUGACCAAUAUAUUCCACUCGGAGGAUGUUGUUCCGUGUGUGCAGAGCCAGAGGAGCAACGGCCACACACAGUGCCUGGGGAGAGCAGCGAAGGGCCUAUUUCUGGGUUCCCUGGAAUAAGGGGAGGUGCUGGACCACCCGGCGAGCAAGGAAGACCUGGAGACUCUGGCCACCCAGGUUCACCAGGCAUCCCAGGUACCCCUGGUUUGCCCGGACCUCCAGGGCUUGCUCCAGAUGUUUCCAGCUAUUUACAGCAGAUGUCAAUGCAGCAGCAAGUCAGUGGUGACAAAGGACCCACUUUCCCUGAACCGUUCCAGUAUUUGCAAGCACAAGUGGGACCAGUUGGGCCUCGUGGACCGCCAGGUUCCCCUGGUCCGCCAGGACCGCAGGGCUACCCUGGACCAAGAGGAGAGACCGGAGAACCAGGACCGACCGGAAAUGCAGGACAAGCAGGGCCCAGAGGCUUGCCAGGACCACCAGGAAAAGAUGGCGAAUCGGGAGAUGAUGGUGAGGCGGGCAGUGUUGGCGCGCCAGGUCCUCCAGGCCAGAGGGGAAUGCCUGGCAUGCCAGGGUUGCCGGGAGUUAAAGGACAUCGCGGGUUCCCGGGCCUGGAUGGAGCUAAAGGCGAACAGGGCAAAGACGGCGAGAAGGGAGCGCCAGGCGGACCUGGACCGAAUGGACCCAUCGGACCGAUGGGGCCCGCAGGAUCCAGAGGAGAAAGGGGACGAGAAGGACCGCCAGGUUCACCCGGUUUGCGUGGUAUUGAUGGCACGGCUGGACCUCCUGGAGCACCGGGUGAAAUCGGCAAGCCUGGAUCACCAGGAUUCCCUGGUUCCCCUGGAAUGAAAGGUGACCAGGGCGCUUCAGGUCCAAAGGGAAGUCCUGGUCUACAGGGUCCUCGUGGAGAGUCAGGAAGACCUGGUCUACACGGAGAAGCAGGUUUACAAGGACCCCCUGGGAAGGACGGCAGUUCUGGCGAAAAAGGAAGUCAGGGUUCUUCAGGUCCUCCUGGGCCUCAAGGUUUUCCUGGAGCUAGAGGCCAGCCUGGAAAUGCUGGUAGCCCUGGACCUGCAGGGGCAAAGGGUGCACCUGGCGUUUCUGGCGAGAGAGGCUUCAAAGGAGACAAUGGCAUGAAAGGCGAAGCUGGAACACCCGGCCCCAGAGGUAUCCCUGGGCCACCAGGAUCUGAGGGGAAACGUGGCAAGAGAGGAUCUGAUGGCCCACCAGGUCCUAUGGGCCCUGUGGGAGAAAGAGGACCUAGCGGAGGUCGAGGUCUGCCAGGAGCUGAUGGUCCCUCUGGGCCAAAAGGACAUGUUGGUGACAAAGGUCCGAUUGGCCCUCAGGGUCAAAAGGGUGCAACUGGAGAUGCUGGCCGACCUGGAGCACCAGGCCCACAGGGGGUGAGGGGUCAACCUGGAAAAGCUGGUCCUGCAGGAAAGCCAGGGAACAGUGGAGAGCGCGGACUUCCAGGAGCAGACGGGAAACCAGGCGAUCAAGGUUUGCAGGGAAUCUCAGGUCCAAUAGGUCCUGUCGGUCUACCAGGAGAAAAGGGCUUUCCGGGUGAACCAGGAAAAGAUGGUGACGUGGGGCCCCCUGGAAAUCCGGGUCCCAGGGGCGAUGCAGGAAAAGAAGGAGCUCCAGGAACUCAGGGUUUACCGGGACCUAGGGGUGCUGACGGCGAGAGAGGACCCCCUGGACCACCGGGGGCUAGAGGAUUCCAGGGUUUGCCUGGAGCGAUGGGACUGCAAGGAGCUGCAGGAAAGGAUGGCGAACCUGGUGUCGCGGGUCCACCUGGUCUGACAGGCUCCGCCGGCUCUAGAGGCGAGCGUGGUUACCCUGGCGAAAGGGGACCAGUGGGCGCUCCGGGAACUCCGGGACCAAGAGGAGAACCUGGUUCUCAAGGAGGGGAUGGACCUCCGGGUCCUUCGGGUGAGAAGGGUGACAAAGGACACUCUGGACCUUCAGGAAUAGUGGGUUUGCCCGGCUUGCGUGGUUUACCCGGUGUAUCUGGGGACAAAGGCGAGAAAGGCAACGGAGGAAGCCCUGGUGUAGAAGGACCGCAAGGACGACAAGGAGAACGCGGUCUGCCUGGAAUGAUGGGCCAACCUGGUCCACCUGGGGAACCGGCUGAGAGAGGAGAGUCUGGUCCACCAGGCCCAAGAGGUGAAAAUGGAGCUAACGGAUCUCCAGGAGAACGAGGUCCUCAGGGCCCGACGGGAUUACAAGGUUUCCCAGGGCCUCAGGGUUUAAUUGGAUUGCCAGGCCUGAAGGGUGAAAGAGGCAACGCAGGCUCAAAAGGAGACCAGGGCAAUCCUGGGGUUGCAGGAAGUCCAGGAGAACAAGGACCACCAGGACUGACAGGCUUGACAGGCGCAAAAGGAGCCAGAGGCGAACCUGGUUUGCGAGGAGACGCUGGUCUCAUGGGACCUCCUGGACGACCUGGAGAACAGGGUCUAGCGGGUAACCCUGGAUCACCUGGACAAUCGGGGCCACCUGGCACUCCAGGCAUAAAGGGCACCUCUGGAGAAUCAGGAAGGCCGGGCAAUCCAGGCCCACAAGGACUUACGGGUGCGACGGGCCAAGAAGGACAGAAAGGAGAAGCAGGGUCACCGGGAUCGAAAGGACCACCAGGCGCAAGAGGUCCUCAAGGACAGGCCGGCGAAAGGGGUUUGCCAGGGUUGCCUGGACCAAGUGGCGGAGUUGGACCAAAAGGUCCUCGAGGAGCACCGGGUGAAGCAGGUGCUCAAGGAAAGCAAGGGAAAGAAGGCCAGACUGGUUCUCCAGGUCUCGUUGGCCCGCCAGGUGUUCCAGGUCUAAAUGGAGAGCCUGGUGCCGAGGGUCCGUCAGGAAAGCCAGGACCUCCGGGCAUAGCAGGACGAAACGGCGACAAAGGGCCGAUCGGCACUCCUGGCCAAGCUGGACCUCAGGGUCCGGUUGGCUUGCCGGGUCCAGCAGGCCUGCCAGGUCCGUCAGGCCCUACAGGUGAAAGGGGCCAAAAGGGCGAGACAGGUCCUCAGGGCGUCGACGGACAAAUCGGUCCGCGAGGAAAGCCAGGUGCACCAGGACUGGAAGGAGUUAAGGGAGAGUCGGGAGAGGCUGGUCCCAAGGGUGCCAAAGGUCACAGAGGACUGUUGGGUCUUCAGGGCCCACCUGGCGCGGCAGGCGCACCAGGCGAAAAAGGAAUGACAGGUCCACCAGGUCCCGCUGGAAAGGACGGCGAACCUGGAACUCGAGGAAGUCCAGGUCGCGACGGCAGCCAAGGGCCGCAGGGCCUGAUAGGUCCUCCUGGUCCACGAGGUUCUCAAGGCGAGGAAGGUAGGCCCGGUCCGCGGGGUGAAAUGGGAUCUCCGGGCCCUCCUGGUCCACCAGGCGAGUCCUUUGGAUACGACGCAGCCACCGUGGCCGCCCUUCUGUCAUCGCAGAGCCAAGUCAGUCAAUCGAAGGGACCUGAUUCAGCGAGUGGAGACGAACCUGUCAGGAUAUUUGGCAAAGAGAUCUCCGACGACGAAAGGAAGAGACUCGUGACCAAGGCGUUUGAACAGCUGAAGAAGUCCUUCGAGAGGUUUAAGCAACCUGACGGCGACAAGAGUGCACCCGCGCGGACGUGUCGAGACUUAGCCAAUGCGCACCCAAAUAAGCCGAGCGGACAAUACUGGGUCGACCCGAACGAAGGUGACUUGCGAGACGCGAUCCUCGUGUACUGCGAUAUGAGCGAGCGUGCCACCUGCAUCUUCCCGAGCCCGUCCAAGUCAGCCGAGAUAACUUACAAAGGCAAAGAGACCGAGAUGUGGCUCGGUGACAUGUCGCAAGGAAUGAAGAUGACUUAUAAGGCGGACAGCAAUCAGAUCGGCUUCUUGCAACUGCUCAGCUCAUCUGCCUCGCAAAACCUGACGUACCACUGCAAAAACUCGGUGGCCUACUACGACGCAGAAAAGAAGACGCACCGCAAGGGCAUCAAGCUGCUGGGCUGGAACGACGGCGAGAUUCUGCCCAGGGGCAACCAGAGGCUGCGUUACGACGUCCUCGAGGACGAAUGCAAGGUCAAAGAUGGGACGUGGAAGCAGACAAUUAUUUCGUACAAGACGGACAAGGCGACGCGGCUGCCGUUCGUGGACAUGGCGUCCAGAGACCUCGGAGGCGACGACUCCAGUUUCUGGAUCGAAAUCGGCUCCGUCUGCUUCUCUUAGUGAUCCAUUGGACUCUUUUUUCAUUUAUUAUAUUCUUUUCUGUCGCGGCUGCCGGCCGCCUCACAAUCAGACCAUUCACUGCCAAAUACGAUGCAAUGCGUAGCGUGUAGAUCUUAGUCAACUCUCAAAGUGUUCAUUUUUUACCUAAAAGUAAUUAAUUCUAGAUUUUAUGAAAAAUUGACGCCAGGAGAAAGCAUUUAAGAUGUUAUUAAAAAUGUAAUGUGUAGAUCACUGAUUUAAGGAAUGUUUGGUUCAAAUAAAGUCUUGAUGCGGAAAUUUUGUAUUUAGUACAAAAUUUUCUGUACUGGUUUGAACUCCAA